UAAAAAUCGAAUCUUAGACGCAAAGAAAUCGUAGAACGAAAGGCAACAAUAACAACAAUGACGCCGGUAAAGUUCUAUUUCGAUUUUCUUAAUCAGGCUAGCCGAUCACUUUACAUACUAUUGGAGGCAUCCAAGAUUCCAUUCGAGGCGAUACCCAUAUCAAUGGUCAAAGGUGAGCACUUAACGGGCGAGUUUCGGGACAAAGUCAAUCGGUUCCGCAAGCUGCCCGCGAUCACCGAUCACGGCUAUCAACUGUCCGAGAGCGUGGCCAUCUUCCGUCAUCUGGCGCGCGAGAAGCUCGUGCCCGAGCACUGGUAUCCGCACCGUCACCUGGGCCGCAGUCGUGUCGACGAGUAUCUCGCCUGGCAGCAGACCAACAUGGAUGUGGCGUGCACCGACUACUUCCAGCAAAAGUGGCUGGUGCCCUACCUCCAGAAAACUCGACCCUCCGAUAAUGCGGUGAAUUCAGCUAGCAAGCAGCUGGAGCACACGCUUAAUGACUUCGAGGAGCUGUUCCUGAAUUCCCGUAAAUUUAUGCUAGGCGAGAACAUUUCGUAUGCGGACCUCAGUGCCAUCUGCGAAAUAGACCAGCCGAAGAGCAUUGGCUACAAUACCUUCAAGAAUCGAAAUAAGCUGGCCCGCUGGUACGAAGCAGUGCGCGAGGAGCUGGGCCCCUACUACACCGACGUCCAGAAGGAGUUCGAGGCCAAGCUGAAGCUGACCAAUGAUGCUGCGCAGGGCGAGAAACAGGCGCAGGCCGUCAAGCAAUGAUCAGUCCAGAUCGCAACAGCUCUUGUUUAUAUAAAUGUCUAUAUAUGUAUAUAUACCCUGUACACAUUGGACGGAGGGGUCGUUGUGACGCUGUAGU